AUGUUCGCAACACAAUCCCCCCAAACCCCCUUCCGCCAAUCCCACUACACCCCAACCCGCUCCUCCCCGCUCCGCAAGCACAGCACCACCACUCCACCGUGGACCAUGUCCCCGACGCGCAACACCCAAGGCGCGUCGCAAAACACCGCACCAAACCCAUUCAGCGACCCGCCACCGACCUUCAACAUCCAAACCGAGCCAAUCGCCCGACACACGCAAAACCACCAAUCCCCAGUCCCAGUGCACUUCAACGCGUCCGCCUCAGCCUCAACAACACCAACCUCAGCAAACCCAUUCCUCAUCCACACCCAAACACCCACCUCGCCGUGCUCGCCAACCCGCCAGAAACCAAAGUACGAAGCACGCUACGCUUCUACAAUUGCGAACCCGCUUCAGGGUGCGGCGGGUCUGGCGCGUGCGAAAACGCGGAAGAUGUUCCUUAAUCGUGUGCGCCAUGAGCGUGACGAUGGACGCUUUGAGGCGCGCGGGGAGCAGAUGAUGCGUAUGGAGCAUCUUGCUGAUCGGAGGCGGUGGGAGGAGAGUAUGGCGAGGGAUGGGGAUGCUGUUGUUGGGUUUGAGGAGGAGGUGGAUGAGGAUGAUAUGCUUCCCGAUGAUGCUGAUGCCCUUGAUGAGUUUAUAUCUCAGGAGGAGGCUAUGGAGAUGGCUCUUUGGGAGACGCAGAGAGGGGGUGAUGAUGAGUAUGAUGAUAUCUUUAUGGCAUUGUCGGAGCCUCAAGGGGAUCAGUCUCAGUCUCAGGAUAUGGAUAUGUCGUGA